UUUCUGGUGCGUUUUGUUACAGCGAGUGGGCUUGUCUUUUUAGAAUGAGUACGGGCUAUGGGCUGGCCCGAUUAUGUCUUUGACUUGCCCACUUCAGUUUAAGAAUAAGAUAAUAAUUUUAAAUUACCAAUUUAAAAUUAUUAUUAAUCUAGAAUUAAUUUUAUAUAUAUUCCUAGUCAGGAAGGAAUUAAUGUCUCCUACUCCAUCGACCCCCGAGAAAAGGAUUCCUACAGGAAUAGGAAUUUAUGAAUAUCCAUACAUUAGGCUCUCUCCUUACCUAUAAAAGCAAUCAAACCAAACCACACUCACACUCACACUCGACCGCAUCAGCAACAACAAAAACCAAAACGCACCAGAGUCUACUCUUUUCAAUUCCUAAUUCCAUCAUCGUCUUAGGAGCUGUUUCAGUACAGAUAAAUUAUGGAUCACCUAGCUCACAACAGCUCAAUGUUUGAACGCAGCUAUCGUUGUUACCCUGGCUCUUUUAUUGACAAGCCGCAUUUGGAAAAGGGUGAUAAAAUUAUUAUGCCUCCCUCAGCACUUGAUCAACUUGCUUCUUUGCACAUUGACUACCCAAUGCUAUUCGAACUUCGAAAUCCCUCUGCUGAGCGAGUUACACAUUGCGGAGUUCUGGAAUUCGUUGCAGAUGAAGGCCUAAUAUUCUUGCCGUAUUGGGUAUGUCCAUUCGCAAUUCUGAUAUUCUGCUACUUGUCAGUCAGAUAUUUUUACCUUAUGGGGUAUGUUUUAGUUGUGAUUCUGGUAUUGUGCUACUUAUUUAUUCAUCUACUUGUUUAUUCUAUACACUUUCAGAUGAUGGAAAACAUGCUCCUUCAAGAAGGAGACCUUGUGCAAUUGAAAAAUGCUAGCCUCAUGAAGGGAACUUAUGUAAAGCUGCAGCCCCACACAACAGAUUUCUUAGAUAUCUCCAACCCCAAAGCAAUCUUAGAGACUUCAUUGAGGAACUACUCUUGUUUAACAACUGGUGAUACCAUAAUGGUUGCUUAUAACAACAAGAAAUAUUACAUUGAUAUAGUUGAAACAAAACCAUCCCCUGCAGUUAGUAUUAUUGAAACGGAUUGCGAGGUGGAUUUUGCUCCCCCUCUUGAUUAUAAAGAACCUGAAAAGCCAUCACCGUCUCCUAGGUCAAACCAGACGCGUCCUAAAGUUGAAGAAGAGCCAGCCAAAAAGAUACCAAAAUUCAGUCCUUUCAGUGGUGCCGCAAGACGCUUGGAUGGAAAACUAUCAACACAACCAGUUGCAGCAGUUACUGAACCAGUGCUGAAACAACACCAAUCAGAGGCUGGGACAGAUAUCAGGGGCUCCAAGCCAUCAAACGCUGCAUCUCGGUCUCACUCGGGGAAGCUCAUCUUUGGGUCAAAUGCAAACCAACCCCAAAAUGAAGCACGAGAGAUUGCGGCAAAGAAGAGCAGUCCAGAAGCUCCUCAGAAGGCAGAACCACCCAAGUUCCAAGCAUUCACAGGGAAGAGAUACUCUUUGAAAUGAUUAAAUCAAUUAAACUUUUCAGAAUUCAUCAUUUUUUGAAUAGAAGCUAGAAGAAACUCAUUUUUGAGAUAGAAGCUAGAAGAAACUUGUUAUGGUGAUUUUGUGGAGUGAACUCCAUUUUUUAUUAUUAUCAUUAUUGCUAUGUAAUUAUGUUUAUAAACCAUAAAUGGGGAUAGAAGCGACAAUAGUCCACGGUUUAUAGGAAUAAAUAAUGUAAUUCUAGAGUUUGGUUAUAUUAUACCUUGACGGAUCAAAAUUCAUUGUGC